UCGGGUCUGUUCUGUGUUCAGCUGAUGUUAAUGGUGAUGGUUGGGAUGAUUUACUUGUUGGUGCUCCGUUUUAUACCAAAGUUGGCCCGGACGAAGGACGUGUGUGGAUUUUCAUUAGUCAAAAGAAAGAGCUUCAAGACAAAACUUAUUUCCAAAAUAUGCCUAUCAUGCUAUCCGGGUCCAAUACAGCCUUUUCCAGAUUCGGAUCUUCAAUAAGUAAUCUUGGUGAUGUGAAUGGUGAUGGUAUCGAUGAUAUUGCUGUGGGAGCAAAGGACGAAAACGGAGUUGGAGCUGUAUAUAUUUAUCACGGUUCUGCAGAUGGACAAAUAGUCGAAUACUCUCAACGUAUCACUGGUGAAAUGGUGUCUGAAAAUAUAACUGGAUUUGGAUCUCAUAUAUCUAAACCAUUAGACGUGGACGACAACGGUUAUCCAGAUAUUGCUAUUGGCUGUAUCAGUUCUGACAAGGCCGUUCUAUUGAGAACUCGACCAAUCAUUGACCUGGUUGCAGAUUUAAACUUUGACUCCGAACUGAUAAAUCUCAAUAGAACAAAUUGUCCGGCUAAAGAUGACGCUGAAAGCUGUAUAGUUCUUACAUUGUGUUUUAAUUAUUCUCAGAUAUCGGCCCCGGAACAGAUAGAGAUGGAUUUUAAUAUAAGUGUGGAUAUUUUAAAAAGAUCCAGUCUAAGAAGAGUUCAAAUACACACUGAAGAUGGUUGGUUUAAUCAGAUAUCAGAAAAAUUACUAGUCGAACGUGGUAAAAAUAACUGCAAAAGAUUUGACUUAAUAACUCGUAUGGAAGAACGACUACAAGAUCCCUUCACUGCCGUAAGAGUUGAAGCUCGGUUUAAAUUAAAUGAAUCUAGUUUUGAUCCUGGUGAUAUAAAACCAAUCAUCAACCAAACACGGCCCAAUGUUUUAACCAAAGAUACAAGAUUUCAACUUAGUUGUGGUGAGGAUAAUAUAUGCGAAGCAGAUUUGGGUAUCAAAGGAGAAUUUGCCUUUUCCGAAGGGGAACUAUUUAUAACUAUUAACCAAACAGAAAUUAUCAAUCUCGAUGUCCGUUUAGUAAAUUAUGGAGAAAAUUCUUUUGGAAGUAAAGUGAAUUUCUACUGGAACGAAAACUUGUCCUACAGAACAGUUAAGUCAUCUCCAAGAUGGCCGAUAGAAUGCACCGGUAAAUCUGAGAAAGAUCACAAUUACAAACUGACAUGCACAGUUUUUCCUCCAAUCAACAGAAACCAGACUGUUAAGUUCUCUGUGCUCCUGGAGGGAGAUGCAUUGUCAUUGAAUAAUGCAAAGGUUAACGUCUCUAUUCAAGCCCAAACAGCCAGUCCAGAAAACAACAAGGCAAAUAACGUAGCUAAUUUCUCAUCUGAUGUUUGGAUAGUGGCGUCACCUGGCAUAAGUGGGUAA